CUCGGCUUUUAGGCCAUCUGCAUCGCCAGCUCACCUCCUAAUUGCACAGGUUCCGCUCACAAAAUGGGCGAAUUCAUCGUUUCUCCCUCGACGGAGAUUAGUCAAUUUCUCCAAGCUGGAACGCGUCUGGUUGGGAGAUUGUAUGCAAUCCAUGACCUCGAUGAUGAUGCGGAAUUCACAGACUCCUGGGAUGCAGAUGCUAUCGUAGCCGAGUUCCGUGCAUUGGGCGAUAGGUUUUCCCAUGUCUCUGUGGCAAGCGCAGAAUCGUUGACAAAACCAGAGCGAUCCAAGAAUGUUCGCAAUGCAUGUGAGAUCAUCAUCAAGACUGUCCUCUGUCGCUUCGAUAUUCUGGAACAGCUCAAUGCCUACAAGCUUCCUCAUAUUGCGAGACACUUUAGAGAACUAUGGUCGCGGGAGGAUGUCGAGACGUUGGAGGAACGCCUCAAGUCUAUCAUUGCCUCAAUCGAGUCCGAGGCGGAGUAUCUACCCAGUGCUCAGUCAAUGAAACUCGUUGCCACCCGUGAAGCACUCGAUGCGCUCGACAUCACCAAAGAUCAUCGAGACCAGGACCAGCCGGACACACAGCAUGAAGCCGGGAAGCUAUCAGCUGGAAAGAACGCGAUGUCGCUCUUUGGCAAGAAACCCGGGCAGAACAAGAGUGUUCUCGAAGACGACAAGACCUAUACCAAGAAUACUCUCUUCUCCGACCAGGAAAUGAUUCUUCGGGACUUUCUGCUCGAAAGCCUGAAGUUCGGUUCCAUGACUGAUCGGGAAGACAGUGUUGCGGUCGCUCAUGGCGGCACCUUCGACUGGAUCUUAGCUCCCGAUGGCGCAAAAGGCCACCACAGCUCGAACGUGCAGGAGUCUCUCGUCAGUUGGCUGUCCAGUGGAAGCAACGACGGCAUCUUCUGGGUCAGUGGCAAGCCCGGGUCGGGGAAGUCAACAUUGAUGCGCUUCUUGAUGGCACAUCCCACCACAAAGACGUUCCUGGCAACAUGGGCGGGGGAAGAGCCACUGAUUACAGCCGGGUUCUAUUUCUGGAUCAGUGGCACCCUGGAGCAGAGAUCCCAGACGGGGCUUAUGCGUCAUCUGCUGGUUCAGCUCCUCGACCAAGAGCCUCAUCUUGUUCCGGUCGUGUUUCCGGCGCGGUGGAAGCAUCUCAGGCAGUUGACUACGCGAGAGCGGAUCAAGGUGACCGUCGCCUGGGAUUUGAAGGAGUUGAAGGAGGCAUUGCGAUGGUUCAUGCAGCACACUGCCGGUGAAGCAAAGAUCUGUCUGUUCAUCGAUGGCUUGGAUGAGUUCGCUGGCAAUCACAAGGAGGUGAUUUCAUUUCUGCAAGAGCUGGUGUCCUCGCUCACUCACCUCAAGCUCUGUCUGUCCAGUCGGCCGCUGCCCGUGUUCAGGGAAGCCUUCGGAAAGAACCCUAAGCUGGAGCUCCAUGAUUGCACGCGCCAGGAUAUGCUGGAUUACUCUCGAGACCAUCUAUCCGCCGAUGCGCAGAUUCAGUCCCUCCUCAGCAAGGAUCCCUCGAAGGCAUCGCAGCUUGUUAUCGACAUCGUGGAUAGGGCUGAUGGCGUCUUUCUCUGGGUAGCACUGGCGGUUCAAUCCUUGUUACGGCGAAGGCAUCUCGACUUUACACAGCUCCAGGAAUCCCUGCUCCAACACCCAACGGAUAUAGACGACCUCUUCACCUAUUUCAUCUUCGAGCAAGCAACCACCGACCAGACCAGCAUUAUUGCCCGCAUCUUCCAGCUCCUGAACGCUCGCGAAGAUGCCUGCAAUGCCACCGGCCAAGAAGAAGCCAUCACCAUGCAACUAUGGGAGCUCGCGCUCGCCGACCAAGUCGAAGCCUCCGACCUGAGCAUCCCGGAGGACGGACAACAAGCCAGCGACGAACAAAUCCAACAGAUCUGCUCCCUCACAGCCAACCGCUUCACCAACGAAUGCGCAGGCCUGAUCGUGACGCAUCGCCCCAACCCCUCGACCAUCCGCGUCCACCACGCCACCACCCCAUCCGCAGCCCAGCUCCUCGCCCAGCGCAAGGUGACAUACGUCCACCGCACAGUCAAAGACUAUCUCUCCCGACCCGAGAUCUGGACCCGCCUCACCCACACGCUGAGUGACAGUUUCGACCCCCACCACGCGCUCCUCGCCUCCCACAUCCUCCAACUCCAACACCCCCUCGACCCCUUCAUCCGCCACCGCCAGAUCGACGAAUGGUGGCCCGCCAUCCCCCUCGCCUUCACGCACGCCCGCCUCUCCCCAUUUCCGGCGGCGGAGCUCGUCUUGAUGGAUGCAUUCGAUACCGCCCUGUGCCAGCACUGGUCCUUCCGCGACCCAGCGGCGACCGACCACUGGGCCAAAUCGCUCUUCUCGACGUACGAGAUGCGGAAGCGGGCGGCCUUCGAGCAGCCGUUCCUCUCGCUUGCGGCGAAGUUCGGGUUAGCACGGUUGAUUCGGGUGCGGAUUCGCGAUGGGACGCUGCGGCCUUCGCCUUCACCUUCACCAGCACCUUCAACCGUCCCCGGAGCUAACCAAACACCCACCCUCCCGCCAGACAAUCCCCUAAAGCAUCCCCCCCAAGAAAACGAGACUAACGCCACCGACGAACCCACCAAAAGAAUCCCCCUCCUCUCCCAGACAACCCCCUUCCUUGCCCACCGCCGCCAAACCGUCUACCCGCUCGCCAACCCCCGGCUCAUCCGCGACUUGUUGGAGGCUGGCUUCAACCCGAACCAGCCCUACACCAACCUCCACGGGAAAACGCGCACGCCCUGGAUCGAUGUGCUCGAGGCUCUGCGGGAGGCGGAGCGCCGCCGCUGGUUGCGGUACUAUGAUGUCGACCCGCAGGGAAUGGCCCGGGUCGCGGAGAUUGUGCGGGUGUAUGUGGAGGGUGGGGCGGAUGUGCAUGCGGUGGUGCCGGCGGAUCAGUGGGAUCCUGAGGUUAGUGCGGUGGAUGUUGUGGGGAGUGUGUGGAGGGGUUUGGGGGCGUGGGAGUUUGGGGUGCUUAAGGGGGUUUUGAUGGGGGGGGGGGGUGUUGGGGUUGGGGAGCGGGAUGAGGGGGUGUUUUUUCGGGUUUGGGGGGUGUAG